UCAGCAUACCUAGUAGGGAUACAGAGCACAUAAAGAUAGAUUAACUUUUAUUUUCAUUGAAGAUGUCUGAUCCAGAACCAAAUCCCAAACAAGAAAUUAAUUACACUCAGAUAUUCAUUAAUAAUGAAUGGCAUAAUUCAGUGAGUGGAAAAGUUUUCUCUACAAUUAACCCUGCUACUGGAGAGAAAUUAUGUGAUGUUCAAGAAGGGGACAAGGCUGACGUUGAUAAAGCUGUCACUGCUGCCAGAACGGCGUUUAAAAUAGGAUCAAAAUGGAGAACUAUGGAUGCUUCCAAACGAGGAAAGUUGUUGAUGAGAUUUGUGGAAUUGUUGAAAAGGGAUAUAUCUAUUAUUGCUAAUCUGGAGACAUUAGAUAAUGGUAAACCGUUCUAUGACGCUGUGGAUGAUGUUAAAGGGACUAUCUCUGUAUUUGAGUACUACGCUGGCUGGUGUGAUAAGAUAUGUGGUAAAACUAUACCAGUGGAUGGUGAUUAUUUCACUUUUACCAGACAUGAACCAGUGGGAGUCUGUGGUCAGAUAAUACCGUGGAAUUAUCCUGUUUCUAUGUUGUCAUGGAAACUAGGUCCAGCUCUGGCCUGUGGUAAUACAGUGAUACUGAAACCAGCAGAGCAAACGCCUUUAACUGCUUUAUAUUGCUGUUCCUUGUUUAAAGAGGCUGGUUUCCCACCAGGGGUUGUGAAUGUGGUACCAGGGUAUGGUCCAACAGCUGGAGCAGCAAUAUCUGAACACAUGGAUAUUGAUAAAGUAGCAUUUACUGGUUCUACAGAGGUUGGAAAACUGGUGAUGCAAGCAGCAGGAAAAUCCAAUUUAAAACGUAUAAGUUUAGAACUCGGUGGUAAAAGUCCAUUGAUUAUUUUGGCAGAUGCAGAUGUUGAUAAUGCUGCUCUAUGGGCCCAUGCUGCUAUUUUUAAUAAUAUGGGUCAGAACUGCUGUGCUGGAUCCAGAACAUUCGUACAAGAAGGAAUUUAUGAGGAGUUUGUAAAGAAAGCAAAAACUAUGGCUGAAACGAGACCAGUCGGUGAUCCAUUUGAUGCUAUGACUCAGCAUGGAUCUCAGAUUGAUGAAGCCCAGUUCAAGAAGAUUUUAGAUUUUGUAGAGAGUGGUAAGAAGGAAGGGGCUGUGUUAGAGGCGGGCGGGGAAAGAUUUGGAGAGAAAGGAUAUUUUGUUAAACCUACAGUAUUCAGUAAUGUUACUGAUAAUAUGAAAAUAGCUAGAGAAGAGAUCUUUGGACCUGUUCAAUCAAUCAUUAAAUUUAAAACAUUAGAUGAAGCAAUAGAAAGAGCUAAUAAUACAAGUUACGGACUGGCUGCGGGAAUUAUAACUAAUGAUAUUAAUAAAGCUAUGAUUUUCUCUCAAGCUGUACAGGCGGGUUCUGUUUGGGUGAAUUGUUAUGACAUAGUAACAACACAGUCUCCUUUUGGUGGAUUUAAACAAUCUGGUCAUGGCCGAGAACUAUCAGAAUAUGCCAUCAAAGAAUAUACUGAAGUCAAAGCUGUAACGAUCAAACUACCUCAGAAAAAUUCAUAAGGCGCCACUAUCCCUGUACCUCAAUUGACCGGCAAUACACAAUAACAGCAAUAACAAAUCAUGGUGAUGGUAAUAAACUACGACGCAAAUAAUAAAAAAGACAACACACAUGUUAUACCAGUUUAAUUUUAGGAUAUUGAAUAUCAACAUAUAUCCGUUGAUUAUGUAUUGUGAAUUAUAUAAUAUAGUAAUUUAAUAAGCAGAUUUAAAUACAAAGGUUCAUGAUAAAUUAUUCAUGAGAACAGUUUGAAUUUAAUUAUUUCACGUUUUGGUUGUUAUAUUACAAAAAGAUUAUGAUCCAGUCAUUAUAUAUUAUUACAUUACGUGAUAUUAUUUAACAUUCUGAUAGUAAAGAUAAUACAGGCGAUUAUAUUAUGUUUCAAUUGGUUGACAUCAUUUGAUAACUCAUGUUUGUCUAUUUCCCUGGAAAAGAGUGUAAUAUUCUUCCCUUUUUUCGGUGAUUACGACACCCCUUUCUGAGUAAACGUUUUUGAAAUCUCCUGAACUGUCGAGCCAUCUGUUUCUGCAUUCCUGAAAGAUUCUUUUGGCG